GCGAUGGGAUGCCACCGACCUUUGAAUACAGAUCUGGGUGGAGGAUUUUUUUUUCAUAACGGCUCUAAGAUAAUUAUAGAAGCAGGAAAGGAAGGAGUGUCCAGGGGAAUAAAUGACUUUACGGUAUAAACUUUACCCGGCUUAUCCUCCUUUAUGUCCUCAUUGAAACUUCCUUUUCACAGAACUGGGUGUCUCCUCCUAGUUAAAGACAAUGAUACCACUUUUAAAAAGGAAUCGAAAGAGCCUGGGUCAUUGGCCUCUGGAUAAUUAAAUUUCCGGCCUUUUUAAAAAAAGAUCCCAAGGUCUUUAUUGUCCCUGGAAUAAACAGCUCUGGGCCAUGCAUAUAUAAAAAUGCAUGCAGAAAGGGAAGAGCACAUGAUUUGCAAACACAUUUUGAUUUGCAAAGCUGUGCUAUGGCUCUGGUGAGGUUCAAAGAACUGGGCGAAGAGGACUCGAACCCAGAGGAAGAGGACCUCGACAGCGUCAAGGCCUUGGCGGCAAAGCUGAAGCUGCAGACCCGGCGGCCCUCCUAUUUGGAGUGGAAGGCCCAUGUGCAGAGCAACUCCUGGUCUCAGGACCUGGCCUGAGAAGCAAAACCCAGAGGCCGUCGGGACAGAAAAAGGCCACCCAACCCCACCGGAGAAGGCGUCUGUGGGUUCCCCAGCAUCGGAGAGGCUUUUGAGUGGCUCCGGGCAGAGCUGCGGGCCAUGCAGGCGGUGGACCACUCUCUGGCCCGGCAGCUGAUGUCCCUCCGGGCCCAGAUCCACCGGCUGAAGGUGGAGCAGGCCUGCCACCAGCACAAGGAGAUGCUGGACGACGCCACCUUCGAGCUGGAAGGCUGCGAGGAAGACUCCGACCUGCUCUGCAACAUCCCCCCCAAGAUGGCCUUCCUCCUCUCCACGCCCCUCAAGCACAUCGGCCUCACGCGCAUGAACAUCAACGCCCGGCGGUUCUCCCUCUGCUGAACAGUCAUUUUGCAGAGGCAAAUGCAAAAAAAAAUGCACAUUGGGGGUCUCAUUCCUCCUUCCCUCCCUUCCUUGGUCCCUCUCUUCCUUCCUUUCAUCUUUCCUCCCUUUCCAUGCCUUUGAUAUUGUAUCCAUGGCACUAUGCCUCCAUGGGUGCAUCUACACCAAGGGUCCCCAAACUAAGGCCCGGGGGUCAUUUACCUUAAAAUGGCAGACAAAGGUUUGAGGAAAUGAGACAAAGAGAGUUCCGGUGGCUGUAGAAAAAAUGACGUUUAUUCUCAGUGGCCAGUGAGAAUAUAGACCCUCCUGUCUCCCGGAAAAAAAGGGUACAAGACAAAGAAACACAGAUCCGUAUAUACUAUUUCGGUCUGCCUCCAUCUACGUCACAUAGGUAUUAUCCAUCACCAAUUAGUGUCAAAAAAGUCUUACUUUGCACUUACUAAAAAGCUAUCUUUGCAUUUUCCUAAAAUAUAAACUACUUCAAGACCUCUGACCCUCCAUUAGCCCUAUCUCUGGAAUUCUCAUCUCAGCUUUUAGGGGUUCUCAUUAAUUAAGGAGUUCCCCCUUAUCUGAGCUGUCAGAGAGCCAUUAGCACUCCCCUCAUGGGGCCAGGUCUUAUCUUGACAUCCCAAAAAGCCUUAAUUUGUCUUUUGUCCAUUAGCUUACAGUAGAGUCUCACUUAUCCAACAUAAACGGGCCGGCAGAAUGUUGGAUAAGCGAAUAUGUUGGAUAAUAAGGAGGCAUUAAGGAAAAGCCUAUUAAACAUCAAAUUAGGUUAAGAUUUUACAAAUGAAGCACCAAAACAUCAUGUUAUACAACAAAUUUGGCAGAAAAAGUAGUUCAAUAUGCAGUAAUGCUAUGUAGUAAUUACUGUAUUUAUGAAUUUAGCACCAAAAUAUCACGAUAUAUUGAAAACAUUGACUACAAAAACGCGUUGGAUAAUCCAGAACGUUGGAUAAGCGAGUGUUGGAUAAAUGAGACUCUACUGUAUCUAUUCUUGUUGACACUUAACAUAUGUCUCUGACACUUAGGGUGAACUUUGGUCUUUGCUAUGGGGAGACAUCUAUUGCUAGACAGAAUGUAUUUUAAGGCUACGCACACAAUCUGCUGGUGAUUACAUAUUUUCCUAUUUCUAUUUCUUAACAUUAUUACAUUCAAUAUAUAGUUUCCAAUACAAGUAUUAUUUUCCCAAUACACCUUCAUCACAGCCAUGGUUCAAUGCUAUGGAAUCCUGGGAGUUAUAGUUUGCACUUUAACGCCCUGCCAAAGGCCUUAGGGAGCCCCCAUUGGCGCAGUGUGUUAAAGCGCUGGGCUGCUGAAAUUGCAGGCUGAAAGGUCGCAGGUUUGAAUCCGGGGAGUGGCGUGAGUGCCCACUGUUAGCUCCAGCUUCUGCCAACCUAGCAGUUAAAACAUGUCAAUGUGAGUAGAUCAAUAGGUAUCGCUCCGGCGGGAAGGUAACGGCACUCCAUGCAGUCAUGCUGGCCACAUGAUCUUGGAGGUGUCUGCGGACAACGCCGGCUCUUCGGCCUAGAAAUGGAGAUGAGCACCAACCCCCAGAGUCGGACACGACUGGACUUAACGUCAGGGGAAACCUUUACCUUUACUUUUACUAAAGGCCUUAUAAAACUGUAAUUCCCAAGUUUCCAGAGCGCUGAGCUACUGGUGACAAACUGCAACCAUUCCACAGUGUAGAUGCUCAAUGUGAUGGGAAUUUGGGAUUUACAGUUUUUCAUAAUCUUUAGCUCCCUGGAUGAUGCCACCCCAAGCUGCAAAUCCCAGUUCUGCAUAGCAUUGAGCCAUGGUGGUCAAAGUGGUAUAAAACCGCAUUAACUUUACAAUGUAGAUGUACGCACAGAGGCACAAAAACUACCUAACGGAUUGGGUUUGAAGUUGGCAGGAAACCCUUAGAGUCGUCUUGGAACUUUUUGUGGUCAAGGCAGUGCUGAGAAUCAGGUUUCUCGAACUGUUUUGCUGCACAAAGACCUCAGAAGGCAGGAAACCGGCAGAGAAGGUGGCAAGAACGAGAGAAAGAGAGAAAAAGAGAGAAAGAAAGGCGUCCGCACUCCCAACAAAACAGGAUUAAUUCGAUAGUGGGAUGAGGAAGAUAUCUCCUUCCUUCUUCAGUGUUAAGGCCCAAGGAGAACUGGGCUCCCAUCUGCCUCGCUGAGAGGUAAGUGACGGAGGGGGAAAUCUGGGGCAGAGUGCAUCUACACUGUAGGAUUAAUCCAGUUUGGUACCACUUUCAUGGCUUAUAGCCCAGAUGCAGAUGAACCUCACUGAACUGGGUUAUGCAAGGUUAGAUCUACACUGACAUAUAAACCAGAGCAGAUAUUCCACAUUAUCCGCUUCAAACUGGAUUAUGUGAGUCUACACUGCCACAGAAUCCAGUUCAAAGCAGAUAAUCUGGAUUUUAUAUGGCAGCGUAGAUCCAUCCCUUGUCUACACUGCCAUAUAAUCCACUUCAAAGAAGAUAAUCUGGAUUUUAUAUGGCAGCGUAGAUCCAUCCCUUGUCUACACUGCCAUAUAAUCCACUUCAAAGAAGAUAAUCUGGAUUUUAUAUGGCAGCGUAGAUCCAUCCCUUGUCUACACUGCCAUAGAAUCCAGUUCAAAGAAGAUAAUCUGGAUUUUAUAUGGCAGCGUAGAUCCAUCCCUUGUCUACACUGCCAUAUAAUCCACUUCAAAGAAGAUAAUCUGGAUUUUAUAUGGCAGCGUAGAUCCAUCCCUUGUCUACACUGCUAUAUAAUCCACUUCAAAGAAGAUAAUCUGGAUUUUAUACGGCAGCGUAGAUCCAUCCCUUGUCUACACUGCCAUAUAAUCCACUUCAAAGAAGAUAAUCUGGAUUUUAUACGGCAGCGUAGAUCCAUCCCUUGUCUACACUGCCAUAUAAUCCACUUCAAUCUGCAUUCUGAGUAAUCCAGUUCAGUGCAGCUAAUCAGCAUUCUGAAUAAUCCAGCUCAAUGCAGUGCAUCUGCAUUAUGAAACUGGAUUAAAUGGCAGUGUAGAUCCAAUCUGUAUAGUCUAUGCAGUCCUGGGAGUUAUGGUUUUGCAAGGCCUUGAGUCUUCUCUACCAAAGAGUGCCAAACUACAACUCUUAGAAUCCCAUAUCAUUGGGUCUUGGCAGUUAAAGUGGUGUCAAACUGCAUUAAUUCUCCAGUGUAGAUUCACCUUAGUUGCCCCUUUGUUCCCAACUCUGUUUCGACUGUCCAUCUAAAUGCAACACUUCUGAUAUUUCAAUAUUUUUGGCGCUAUCUUUGCUUGCAAUGGACAGCUUGAGUCCCUUUUCUCUAAAAUGCUUGAAACUAGAAAAUUGGGAUUUUGUUUUGGGUUUUGGAAGACCAUUAUUUGCAGAUAUACAUACUAAACUGAGACUUCUUGGAGGUAGGGCCCAAAUCUAAACAGGAAAUUAAUAUAUGUUAUGUAUAUAUUAUACUCAUAGCCUGUAUUUCAUUUUAUAUGCAAUGUUUUUAGUCAUUUUGUGCAAUAAAACAAAAGUGUCGCUAUUUCAAACGAGUUGAAAGAUGCUGGAUUUUGUUUUCGUUUUCCAUUUGUAAUUUGCCGUGAAAUUCUAAUAAAAUGAAUGUUAAAACAA